AUGGAAAAUGAACCUGAACCGUUAAGAGAUGCUGAUGAAAACAAGACCAAUUUUAUUCAAACAAGCGAAAAGGAAAAUGAUACCACAGAUGAAGAGACUAAGGUCAUGACACAAAAUGAGAUAGAUAAUGAUCAGCGAGAAGACGAGAAUGCCAUAGAAAGUGAAUCAGUUACAGACCAAGAAAACUAUGUUGAUACUGAACCUGAACCGUUUGGGGAUAAUAUUGAUGAUGAUCCUGAAUUUAUUCCCACGAGCGAAGACGAAAGUGACAGAGAUGAAGAGACAAACAACAUGGAAAAUGAGACUGAUAAUGAUCAGAGAGAAGAGGAGAAUGUUGAUACAGAAACUGAGCCAGUUAUAGAACAAGGAAAACCUAGAAAGCGGAUAAGAAACGAAGCGGGUUGGGAGGUAACGAAAAGACAGAAAGCAACGUUGGCUGGAAAAGAACAUGUUUCCAAACUGGGAAAAAAUAUUAGUGCAAAAAAGAUAAGACGCGGUUGUGGCCCAUGUAGAAAAAAAUGUACCGAUAAAAUUAACGAGUUGAAUCGUGAACAAAUAUUCAACAACUAUUUGUGCUUUCCAGAAUAA